AUGUGCGAUCUAUGUUCGCCGGCACUUCCCGAAACGAAAAACUUCGAUCAAUUGGUAAAACUAUUAUCCGAUCACCUAGAACCACAACGCUCAGAAAUAGCCGAACGCCACGUGUUUCGGUUACGUAGACAACGCCCCGGCGAGCCUCUCAUGGAUUAUCUUCACAACCUUAAACACCUGGCAACAACAUGUAAUUUUGGGAGUACGCUGGAAGAAAACCUACGAGAUCAAUUUGUGUCUGGAUUGGUCAAUGAAGUGAUGCGGUCUAGAAUAUUCGCGGAGAGAAAUAUCAAAUUUAAGGAGGCGGUGGAGUUGGCUCUGGCGCUGGAGGCUGCAGAGAAGCACGCGGAGGUGAGCGGGGCGACGUCGGUCCCGACUACGGCCUCGUGUGCAGGCGGCGAGGGCGCAGAAGCCCUGCAUCAGGCGAGCGACCGGCGCGGCCCGGCGCGGCGGCCCUCGGCUGUGGCCGGCGGCGGCGCGCGCGCCCGCGGCCGGAGGGAUGCGGACGAGGUGCGCUGUUGGAGAUACGCGAGUGCCUCCGAGGAUGAGGACUUCUUCAAUAUCGAAUUGGCGGCUAAAGAUAAGUUAGGUACGUGUAAGAAAACAAUUCAAUUGCAUCUCACGGAUAAGGAACCGGUUUAUGUAAGGGCACGCCCCGUUCCCAUCGCGCUGCGCGGCCGCGUCGAGAACGAGCUCGAGCGCCUCGAGCGCGAGGGUUAUACCUACCGCGUGGACCACUCGGAGUACGGAACUCCGAUCGUCCCCGUGGUGAAGGAAUGCGGCGAAAUACGUAUUUGCGGGGACUAUAAAAUUACGAUAAACCCGAAAUUAAAACGUGAUUAUUACCCUUUGCCUCGUAUAGAGGAAUUGUUUGCAGCAUUGAGUGGGGCGCUGGGCGGCGCGGUUAUCGGCUUACGAAUUUUCGGUAGAAUUUGUGCGUUCGUGCGAGAACAGUCCGGCCGAUGCGUUAUCCCGCUUACCCCUGCCGUGCGAACACCGAUCAUCAUCGCCUGCGCCGUUAAGGAUAUAGAAAAUUUGUGUCGGAAUUGCGAAGCGUGUCGCAUGGUUCGAGACGCACCCCCGCGGGCUACUUUGCAUCCGUGGGAAUUUCCUCUUCAUCCGUGGCAACGCUUACAUGCGGACUUCGCUGAAUGUGCAGGAAAAAAAUAUUUAAUAUUAAUCGACGCGCACUCCAAGUGGCUGGAAGUUCAUAUAUCAACGGCACCAUACAGACCUCAAGGUAACGGCGCGGCUAAGAAUGCCGUAAAAACCGUAAAAAAAGUCACAAAACGUGCAGUAUACUUAAAAGAGGAUGUGUCUUUGUCCCUAUUGAAAUUUCUUUUUCAGUAUCGAAACUGUGAAAAUGCUACUACGGGAGUUUCUCCGGCCGUCGCGUUGUUAGGACGUCGCUUACGAGGACGUCUGGACGCGUUACGCCCGAACGUGUCAAAGGUCGUUUAG